CGGUACUCUUCGGAUCCGAAAAUCGAUGACGAGAGAAUCCUCAUCGCGUUUUUCGGAGAUAAGCCUGGUGGCAAGAAACGCGAAUGGUUAUCGCCGACAUCGACAAUGACCCAGGUUCUGCCACACUCCUGCUUCCCCGGUGAUUGGCCAUUUCACCGACCGCAGAGCCCUCCCUCCUAUCUGUCAGUCAAGGUCGAUUGAAUUAAAGGUUCAGAGGAGCAUAGAGUUGUUUCUGUACUUCAAGGUAUCGGUUCAACAUGCCUACCCGAUUCUCCAACACUCGAAAACACCGAGGACACGUCUCGGCCGGUCAUGGUCGUGUGGGAAAGCACAGGAAGCAUCCGGGAGGUCGAGGUCUCGCUGGUGGUCAGCACCACCACCGAACCAACUUUGACAAGUACCAUCCUGGUUACUUUGGAAAAGUCGGUAUGAGACACUACCACCUCCUCCGAAACCAACAAUACAGACCCACUAUCAACAUUGACAAACUCAUCUCACUCCCCGAGGCUCAAGUUGAGGCUCCGGAGGGAACUGUCCCCGUCAUCGACCUCCAACACUUGGGUAAAUUCAAGCUGCUGGGUAAAGGCCGCAUUGACAAACCUUUCAUCGUCAAAACUCGAUUCGUCUCUAGAUCAGCAGAGAAGAAGAUAAAGGAGGCUGGAGGUGUCAUCAAGCUCGUUGCUUAGAUUGCUCGAGUCUUUUGGAUGGGGGCAUUUUGAUGGCAUGCACACCUGUAUAUCACGAGAUUUUGGGAGCGAAGGAGUGUGCCAAAUGCUGCCGAACGCCAGGGGAUUCAUUGGGCCGACAAGAGAUUAGUGCUGAAUGUUGCAAUGGAGAACAUCGCCUGUGUGCCCAGUAGGGUUAUUCACGAGUUGGUUUCAAAGGCUCGCAAGCUAGGCAUCACCUUAGAGUCAAAGCAUCAGAGCGCACUUCUCUCCUUC